UCUUCCAGUUUUGCCAGUUCUACCCGUCUUAUGCUCUACUGACCCCCAUUACAGCCCCACCCAAUGGCCAGAAAUGGAGUUCUGGUGCCAGGAUUAUUUAACAUGGCUUUCCUGUUGGGUCCUCAAGAAUCCUGGGCUAUCAAAGAGGACCAUGUGAUCAUCCAGGCUGAGUUCUAUCUGACCCCUGACCAAUCAGGUGAGUUUAUGUUUGACUUCGAUGGUGAUGAGAUUUUCCACGUGGAUAUGGAAAAGAAGGAGACAUGUUGGCUGGAAGAAUUUGGACGCUUUGCCAUUGAGACACAGGGUGCCUUGGCCAACAUAGCUGUGGACAAAGCUAACCUGGACAUCAUGAUAAAGCGCUCCAACCACACCCCAAACACCAAUGUACCUCCAGAGGUGACCGUGCUCUCAAACACCCCUGUGGAACUGGGAGAGCCCAACACCCUCAUCUGCUUCAUCAACAAGCUCUCUCUACCAAUAAUCAAUGUCACGUGGCUUUGAAAUGGAAACCCUGUCACCAUAGGAGUGUCCAAGUCAGUCUUCCUGCCCAGGGAAGACCACCUUUUCUGCAAGUUCCACUAUCUCCCCUUCCUGCCCUCAGCCAACCAUGUCUAUGACUGCAAGGUGGAGCACUGGGGUUUGGAGGAGCCACUUCUCAACCACUGGAAGUUUGAACCACCAACCCCUCUUUCAGAGACAACUGAGAAUGUGGUGUGUGCCCUGGGCCUCAUUGUGGGUUUGGUGGGUAUCAUUGUCGGGACCAUCUUCAUCAUUUAAGGCAUGCGCAAGGCCAAUGCUGGCGAAUGCCGAGGGCCUCUGUGAGGCACUGCGGGUGGGUUUGUUGUGGUCAGAGGAAAACAUGGAUGGAAUUACCCAAAGGAAGGAAACACAGUUUGAAGAAGGAAGUGUGAUGUCUUCAAAGGAAAGUGAUAGGAACUCUUGAUUUAUUUUUGCUAGGACAGAAUCAGACAUUAGCAUCAUCUGGUAUCCCAAAGCUUCAAGGUCCCACAUUCAUUCCCAUAAGGGUGUUCCUACACCACGACUUCAGUCUUGGAAAUUAUCUCCACCACCUAAGACCAUUGUUUCACAUACCACUACUGAAUCAAUGAUCUAGGAAAGACUUGGUACUUUCUGGUACAUAUUUUCUGAAACAGUACCUCGGUUCAGAAAUAUUUCUAGAGUUUGGCUUUUGGGGGUUUAGAAUAAAUUAACUGCAUCAGACGAAAAUUCCUUGAAGGCAAAUGCUUGUUUCUGGUUCUCUAAUCUGAAACUUGUUAUUGAAACUUCUGAGAGAAGAUAAGGCAUGGUCUGCUCAUUCAUGCUCACUUAGAGAGAAGGGGAUGCAGUUCAUGUUGGAAAGGUUGUAUUCACUAGGCGGAGGUCAGAUGAAUAUUUAGAGACAUUUCCAAAGUCAAAGGAUAAAGGACGAGGAGGAAGGAAUCUGAAAAAGUAAAAUAUUCAUCUUAACUCUUGAUAACUAUGUUUGUCCUA